UUUCGCUUUUCAAACAAAAGUGCUUCAGUGCUUCUCUGCUGCGGGAGUAGGAGUAUACGCCAUACGCCGCAAAGAGUAACUUUCUUAUAACUAUCCAACAAAUAAGAACUUUGAGAACAGUGAAAAAUGAGUCGUCUUUUCGCUGAAAGCACGUGGGAAGAAAAUGCAGUUGGUGACAAACUUAGUAAAGAAAUAUUUCACAAGAAAAACAACAAAGAUAAAAAAAAUAAAAAAACCACAAGUAUCUCCACAAAGAAGAAUUCCAAAAAGACUAAAAAUAUCCAGGAAACUUUGAGUCCAAAACUGGCUGCACAUAAUAAAAAAAGACCACGAACUAUUUCUGAUACUGAAAAAUCCAGUGAAACAUUCUCUAAGAAAGCAAAGAGAAAGAAAUCUCAUUCAAACAGUGAGGAAUUAACACCUCAUCACCAAAGUCAGCAUAAUAACAAUCAUGUCAGCAUACAAAAUGACUCUCAAAAAAAAAAAGUAAAGCAGGGAGAAGGUAAUGGCCAUGAGGAUACUAAAUCACAGCGCAAAAGGAAAAAGCAGAAGCAGAAGAAAAUUACUGAAAACCCAAAAGCUGGGUUACCAGAUAACGGAGAAACCUCUCGUACAUUGUCAGAGAAAAAGUCUUCUGUGAUAAAAAACCUCAAUGUCAAACGACUGGAGAGUAUGUUAGCUUCAAAGGAAAAAUCAAAAACUAGUAAAAUCAUGCAAACACCUGAAACUCUCAGAGAACGUAUGAUGACGCAAUUAAGAGCCUCCAGAUUCCGAUACUUAAACGAAACUCUCUACAACAAUGAAAGUUCCGAGUCUAAAAGAUUCUUCAAAGAAGACCCCGAUGCGUUUGCAGCUUAUCACGCCGGAUACAAACAGCAAGUUGAGCAGUGGCCACUCAAUCCUCUGGACGUUAUAAUAUCUUCGAUCAGCAAAUUGCCAAAGGAUUAUGUCAUAGCUGAUUUUGGAUGUGGAGAAGCUCGUUUAGCUGAAUCGGUGACCCAAAGAGUACAUUCCUUUGAUCUAGUCGCUGUGAACGACAAAGUCAAGGCCUGUGACAUGGCGCAUACGCCAUUGCUAACACAUGGUAUAAACGUUGCUGUAUUUUGUUUAUCGCUGAUGGGAACAAACCUCGGAGAUUACUUGCUGGAAGCGAAUCGAGUUUUGAAAAUGGAUGGCAUCAUGAAAAUCGCGGACGUCGAGAGCAGGUUCGAAAACAUCGACGAGUUUAUAACUUUGCUCAAGAGUUACGGAUUCAUCAAUACGUGGAAAGAUUUAUCUCACAACUUAUUUUAUUUUAUGGAUUUCAAAAAAAUUUCGGACGUCAAUAGAAACGCAAAAAAGCUACCGCAGAUUGCGUUGAAACCUUGUGUUUAUAAAAAACGAUAAUUGAGUAUAAUUAAAAAUGAUUGUAAUCAAGAUUUAUUUUUGCAUAUUUUCUUGUACCACACGAUGAUUACUCUGCAUGAAAGUAUCAACCAUGGUGUGGGUCAUUGAUCUAUGUGCUUGCUUAAACAAUACGCCUAUCUUAAAACGUAUUGCUCUGAAAGGCACAAUUUACGACGUAUGUACACAUGCAAAAUGAAUUGAUGUAAUGAAGGUUCGAAACUUUAGGAUUCAUAACAAAAAAAAUUUUAUAAAAAUGGAAUUUUUACAAUAAACCCAUUUUCUCGUA